AUGGGUCUUCUCUCCUGGGCUCGUCCGACUGGUCGCAUUUCGUUUUUUCAUUCGAAAGAGAACAAACUGCUUCUUACGAAGUUUACCGACAAGGCGGGGUCGAAGGAACAUGUCUCACUGUUAGAGAUCUGUAGGGCCGCGACGCCGGAAAAAUGCCAUCUCAACCCGAUGCUUUUCAACGGGCAUCUGCAAACCGCGUGGACGGUGAUGAAAACCCUCGAUCCCCCGGUAUACUACAAGCGGAAAAUAUUCGAGGCCGAUAGCCCCGACUUUGCCGGGCAGUUUGCGGUAGAUUUUACAGUCCCUCCCUUCCAGGCACCCAUCGACGACGAGGAAGUGACAGACAAGGCCGGGAGGUAUACCCUGCCCGGCGGUUUGCCCCCACGGACUGUGUUUUUCACGCAAGAGGAAUUUGCAUCCCUGCCGUCCGAUGAUACCAAGCCGAUGCUGGUCGUCCUUCAUGGGUUGAGUGGUGGCUCCUACGAGCUGUACUUGCGACAUGUUGUGGCUCCCCUCAUCGCCGAUGGAAGCUGGGAAGCCUGCGUGGUGAACUCGCGCGGCUGUGCGCAAACCAAGAUCUCCACUGGCGUGCUCUACAACGCCCGUGCCACAUGGGAUGUCCGCCAGGCUGUAAAAUGGUUACGUGAGACGUUCCCAAAUCGUCCACUCUUUGGAAUCGGCUUCUCGCUCGGGGCAAACAUUCUGGCCAACUAUCUUGGUGAAGAGGGCGAAGCUUGCCAAUUAAAAGCAGCAGUUCUCUGUGCCAGCCCGUGGAAUCUGGAGGUCGGGUCUAUGAAUCUUCAAAGGUCCUGGCUUGGGCUUGAGGUGUAUAGCAAAACCAUGGGCACUAACAUGAAGCGCCUAUUUGAUCAGCAUGCGGAGGAAGUCUCUCGAAACCCGAGGGUUGAUGUGGAGGCAGUGAGGAAGACUACUUAUUUGCAUGAGUUUGAUCGAGCAUUACAAUGUACUACAUGGGGCUAUCCUACAGAAGGAGCAUACUACCGCGAUGCGUCUUCGGUUGAUUCGAUGCUUGCUAUCAGGAUUCCCUUUUUCACCGUGCAGGCAGAGGAUGAUCCGAUUGCUACAUUCGAUGCUAUCCCUUUCCAGGAGUUUACACAAACACCGUACGGAGUUCUUCUAACGACUUCUUGGGGUGGCCAUCUCGGUUGGUUUGAGUUUGGAGGUGAGAGAUGGUUUGUAAAACCGAUCACCAAUUUCCUCAACAAGAUGGCCAAAGAAAUCGACCUGACGUCUUCCUUCGUCGUUGAGGACCCGGACAAGCUACCAGGCAAAAUCGCCAGCCACCCUGGUCCAGGCAAGGACGCAGACAUCUCGCCGAAGCCGGAUUUCAACCCGAUGAGGCGGAAACUGGCCAUGCCGAUGGUGCAGUGA